GCCCUAGCUUAAGCAUUUGUAUUCGAUUUAAAUUCAGCUAUUUCCUAGUAAAUCACAGAGGGCGAAACAAAUCUUGGACUUUCCUUGGUCAAGGUUUAAUGCAUUUAAUGGUGUUUUAGUUUAGCUUCAAACAUUGUUUGAGCUCUGACGUUGAAGGAUGGACUUCCUCCGAGUGUAUCUAUUCUUUCUGCUCCAGGCUCAACUGCUGGUGCACUUGGCUGAAUCUGCGUUUCCGUCUUGUCUACCGGAUGAGCAAUGUACCCGACUAUCCGAAUGUUCACCACUUUUGCGCUUUCUGAAGCCCAAAAACAUGACGCCAGCCGAGAUGGAGGUGUUCAGCCAGAGACAGUGCGGCUAUGACCCCAAUGGCGGGGAAUUAGUGUACAGAGUUUUUGUGUGCUGCCCGGAAUGGGAUUACGUUUUGCCAAAUCACCGGAUAUGCGGACAAACACCACCCGCUUAUCGAGUUGCUAGAGGCAAAGAGGCGCAGCUCAACCAGAUGCCUUGGAUGGCCAUGCUUUUAUAUGCGGAACUCUACAUGCCGGCGUGGAAUAGAAGACUUGUGUCCAGAUGCGCAGGAUCCCUUAUCACCAAUCGCUACGUGCUGACCGCUGGCCAUUGUCUAAAGAGAUUGGGUUACGAACUCAGGAGGGUGCGCCUUGGCGAACAUAACACCCUUAGCAAUCCUGACUGCGUCACCGAGAUGAAUGGUAGAUGGAAGUGCGCUGCAGCGCAUCUGGAGAUCGACGUGGAGUGGAGUAUCAGGCAUGAGGACUACAUGGUCAUCGAUCAGAGGCCCUACAAUGACAUCGGCCUGCUGCGACUCAAAUUCCCAGUGCGCUAUACCGCUGCAAUCAAACCCAUUUGCAUUGAGCUUGGCUAUGCAUUCUCGAAUCCCUCCUUUGACAACUAUACAUUUCAAAUAGCCGGCUGGGGAUUGACUCUCUGGGAGGGCUAUAGCAAUGUGCUACUACGGGCCCAUGUGACUGGUAGGAGAGCGGAUAAGUGCUCACUGAGAUUGGGAUUGAGGGCGGACACCCAGAUAUGCGCCGGCAGCCUGGGAGGCAGUGACACCUGCAAGGGCGACUCCGGCAGUCCGCUGAUGGCCACCAUGGGUCGAGCUGACGAGGAAUUCGUAUAUCUGGCCGGCAUCACAUCCUAUGGCUACAAUCAGUGCGGUUCCGGACCGGCGGCUUACACAAAGACAUCAAAAUUCCUGGAAUGGAUUCAAUGGAACAUGUGGGAACAGCAUACUUAA